AUGGAGUCUCAGAGUAAAUCCAACACAUCGGCCCAGCCACAACCUCAAAGAAAUCCUAAAAAGCCAAGCUUAUUCGCAAUGAAAAUGGGUCUUCAGCCUCAACCCCUCCCCACAACAGAAAUUCUUGCAUCUUCCAUCAAAGAAAAAGACCCAAACGAGCUAAAAUAUCUUGAGUCCCUCCACACCGAUUUCCCUCAAAACGGGUUUCCUGAAGCUUUUCAGCUUGAAGAGAACUUUGAAGCUCCAAUUCCCAAAGUUUCAAUAAAAAAUAGUGAGCUUGAGUCAAUCUCUCAAAAUAAUUUUCAAAAGGUCAAAGAAAUGUCUUCCUCUGAGCUAAAAGAAGCCAUGGACGAAAUCAAUAGUUUAGUUGACCCUAAAAUGAUAGAAGUCCUUCGAAAACGUGGCCAUAAAAAGCUAAAUCAUCAUGAAGUUCCAAGCCAGCAUAUAGAAAACCAUGUAGAUCUCAAUGAAAAUCAGCUGAAAAAAUUAAUGAAAGAAUCCCCAAAACCGACGUGUUUACAUGAUAAUUUGCCACCAGAAAAUGAAAUUGAAAAAUGAAGGUUCGAUUUUGAAGGAAAUUCAAUCCAACAUUAUGAAAAUAAAAAUUGGACUAAUCCUGAGCUGCAAGGAUUUGGUUUAAGAGAUUUGGUGAAUAUGUCAAGAAGCUCAAUUCCUUCACAGAGAUCUAUUGCAUUGGACUGUAUUAUUAAAAUUAUUGAUAAAUCUGAUGAGGUCAAAUUUGGGGAAGGGGUUGAUUUUUUGAUAGAGGAAUGCGAAUUUGAUAGGGUUUUGGUAUGGGUUUUGGAUGACAGUAUAGAAAUUGUUAAAGAAUAGGGGAAUAUCAAUGAAAAUAACUUUAUUUUUGAAGGAAAAUUGGUAAUUUAUAUAAUUAAGUAUAAUAUAAAUGUCAGAAUCAGCGGGCUCCAAGCAGUGAAAUAUAUUACUUGCAAAUUUUUGGAAAGAAAUUUAGAAAUCAUUGAUAAGUGGGGCUUUGCGUUUCCUAGCGGAAUUGAUAGUAAAAGAAAUGCUUUACUGCCUGAAGAAAUCAGAAAAAAAUCAGCUAUUUGGGAAGAAGAGGAAUAUAGAAGUAUUUUUGAUUUACCAUUCGAAAGCAACACAAAAGAUUUAAUAGGAAGAAUGAUUUGUAUUGGACUGCUUGACAAACUUUCUGAAUUUUUAGAAAAUUCUAAUAUGGGCUAUAUAUGGGAAGACUGUUUAAACAUACUUUUAGCUUGCUCUUUGCAUUCUUCUGCAGCUGCUUAUGCCAUAAUUCGCAACAAAAAUCUAGUAUCUCAGCUUCCUCCAAAAAUUUCAAAAUUUCCAAUUAUUUUGACAAUUUUCACAUUUUUAAGCAAAGCUGCUCUUUCUAUUGCUUAUAAUAUUAAAAGGCUUUACAAUUGGGACGAAAUUCUUUUAUCAAAUCUACUAUUAGACCAAAAUAUUGACCCUAAUAAAGAAAUUAUUAAAAAAUCCCUUUUGCUUAUUCAUUCUUUUUAUUGCCAUAAUCAAAGACUUAUGAAUUCUGAAGCAAUGAGGUUAUCGUUAUUAGAAAUUAUCAAAAAAAGCAAUGAUUUUGAGAUUUUAGAUUAUGCAUUUAUGACAAUUUCAAGAAUAAUUGAUACUUUAAAAGACUCAUCUGAAUAUCUUGCACAUUUUGAGGUAUUUUUAUAUAAAUAUUUGGAAAAUUGGAGAGACACUGGGAGAGCUUUUGCGGGUGGAAUUAAAUUUUUAAAUAGUUUGAUAAAUUUUGGUAAAAAUAUUCCUAUUGAAGGCCAGACUUAUUCAAUGAAAAUAGAAAAAUUAAUGAAUGAUUAUAUUAUUCCGAUAAUAAAUAGCUUUGAAAUGCAUACUGAAAUAUUUCAAAUUUCUAGCAUUUUAAUCAAUGAUAGCAGCUUUUUGCAUGGAUUGGAGAAUUAUUUUCAUGCAAAUUGUUGGGAAAAAUCUUUGGUUCAGUUUUAUAAAAUAGCGAAUAGCCUAUUGGAAUUUUAUAUCAAUUUUAUAUCAAUUUCAAGUGCUAUAGCCUGAGCAUAACUUUGGCUCAGGUUUCCCAAUCAUUCCUGACCGAAAAGAUAGGAGUUGACAAAGCUAACUAAUUUGACUAGUCAACCCCAAAUGGACAGAACUACUUACCGGCUCUGCCAUUUAGGGAGUUAGUCAAGCCAAAUGUUAGUUGGUCAAACUAGCAUUAGUUUGUUGAUAACCCCUUCAGGAAUGAUCGGGAAGCCUAGCCGAAGCCAUGCUCAAUCUAUAAAAUUUAUCCAAAUAUUGAAUGGCUUAAUUCUGCUUUAGACAAUGCAGUAAGUCUUUUACAUAAUUUUGAAAAUUUUAUCGAAAAUAAUGCAAUUCCGAAAAUUAUUUCUUACAGGGUAAAACCACUAGUAUAUUUCAUUAUUAAUUGCUUAAAAGUUAAAAAAAUAUUCAAGCAGCUCUCAGAAGCAAGGUGUAAGUCUGCAUUUAUUUCAUCAAUUAUAUUUCUAGGCAGCUACGAUGAAUCUAUACUUGAGUUUCUUAUCAAUAAUUUCAUCAAUUUUGAAAAUUUGAAUUUUUAUAAUGGAUUUUUAUCAACCCAAAAGCAUAUAGAGCUUUCUGAUGCUUAUUUUUCAAACUCAACUAGAAUUUCUACCUGGUACUUGUGUAAUAACGAAACUGAAUUUUUACCUUUGCCUUUGCAUUGGCAAUAUAUUCCACUGCAUUCAGAAGCCAAUCUCGAAAAUUAUUUCCAGUUUAUAUUGGAAUAUAUAGAAUUUUUUGAUCCGAAAGAAAUAUCAAAAAUUAUCGAAUCAAUAAAUAAAUGCAUUAUGAGAAAAGAUGUAGAAUUUCUUGGCUGAAAAGAAAAAAUUGGUCCUAUUUUGAAGUUUUGGGGUAGCCGUAAAAACUUUGCAAUAUCUGCUAAUAAAAUUAGAACAAAUGUAAUGGAGCUAGUUAAAGAUUAUGUAGGAUGCUCAUAUUUAGAUGAGGUUUAUUCAAUGUGGCUGGUAUGCUUUUUGCAAGAUGGAAUUGAAGAGAGCUUCUAUAAAGAUAUUAUUGAAGAAAUUGGCUUAUUAUGGCCGAGAUUUAUGGUUCAGUAUUUUUACCUAAAUUUUUUUUCGAUAUUUAAAAUUUUUUAAUUUAAAAUUUCUACGAGGAUUUAUAGGCAGCUUAAAUGUCGAAGAAUUAAAGAGUUUUCCAUACUACACAAAAUUUUUUAAAUCACUUAGGUCGAAUAAUUAA